CCAACCCCCUCACGACAACACUUAUCUCUUACCCCCUCUCACAUUCUCUCUCUCUCUCUCUCUCUCUCUCUCUCUCUUAGACUUCGAGAAUAACAACAUCAACAACAAGCACUCCAAGAUGUCGACCACGACAAUCACCGCCGUCCAAGAGACGGGCCGCAGCAGAUUCAACUUCCAGCACCGAUGGUUCGAAAGGACCCUCAAGCAUUGGGAGGAGCGCACCAGCCCGUUCCGCGGCAAGAAGCUGAGCGUCAUGGAAGUCGGCUCUUUCGAGGGCGGCUCCGCGACGUGGAUUCUGGACAACUUGAUGGACCACCCAGAGUCGACGUUCACCGCCAUCGACACCUUUGGCGGGAGCAUGGAGUUCGAGAAUGACACGUACAAGGAAUUCGAGGCGUACGAUAUCCCCUCGCUGGAGAAGCGCUUCCGAUCCAACGUUGCAAAAUGCAGGCACGUCGAUAAGCUGACCGUCAUCAAACGGUCGAGCCUCGACGCCCUCGCCACCCUGAAGCACCAAGGCGCUCGUUUCGACUUCAUCUACAUCGACGGAUCCCACGUUGCCUUUGACGUCUUGCACGACGCCGUUCUCGCCUGGGGCAUGCUCGAGGUUGGGGGCACCAUUGUUUUUGACGACUACACCUUGAAUAGGUACAACGAGGAGAGCUACAACCCGGCGGUCGCCGUCGACGCGCUCAUCCGAUGUGCGGCUCCCCAGGCGCAAGGCUCCCAGGCGGGAUCUCAGAUGUGGGUCAAGAAGGUGCCUCAGCAAUUCCCGCCCACCCUCAACCCCGAGAGGGAAGUGAUCGUCGAAGACGACUGAACUGAGCUGGAGGGAAGGGUGGGAAACAGUGUGGAGAGUGGGAAAAGAAGGGGUUUGGUUCGGUAGCUCGCCUGUGGUAGUUUGUGGUGGAUACGGACGUACUCAUAGGAGAGCCAAGUCGAAACAUUUACAAGAGUUCACACUCCAAGUACCUCACGAGAGUCUCUUUGGCUUCUCUUCAUGAGUUCCCUUCCCCCCUUUUUUAGAGUCUUCUGAAACGAUUCGUUCGCUGCCCACAUACAAUGCCA